AUGAGCGCCACUCGAGUACUCCGACACCCCACCAAAAUCGCCAGUGCGUUGGACUGGAAGAAGGCCAGUGGAGCCAUCUUGGCACUGGACGUUGGUGCCGACCGCAUUGGAUUGGCCGUUGCAUCUCAUCCAGCACACGGAGAUUCCCCCAUUCCAUUGGAACCCGUUACCAUCCACUUGGAGACAACUUCCGAUAACAAACGCGUCCUGUCUCCUGCUGUCGCCUCUCAAUUAAAAGAGAUUGUCAGCACCUACAACGUUAGCUCCUUUGUCGUUAGUUGGCCAGUCCAAAAGGAAGGCCGCUGCGGGGCUCCCUGUGGCAAGGUCUUGCACACAUUGGAUUCUCUCGUGGAAUCUUCCAAUGUCAUUACCGACAAGAGACCCUUUUGCCUGUGGGACGAACACCACCAACAACCACACGAAGACGAAUGGGGACGCAAUCCGAUCUACGGCGAACCCUGCCUGGACAAGACCCUCCACAAGGCCAGCGAAGAACAAUACCACCACGAGAGCAGCAGCAAUGUGGCAGUCGCCGUCAUGGACGAUUUCAUGAAGACCCAAUGGCCCGAGAUCUACCAACAACGAGAAGAACAAGCUCAACCCAUGGCUCAACCACAAAUGUCCUUGGAGUGGUUGGAGCACUACGAAGACACUGAAGCCUACAUGUCGGUUGCAGUGUAA